GUGAGUUAAUCGUGUCUGGAACUUCCCACAAAAGGCGCUCACCUCACCUCACACACCCACUACCUUGUCAAAGUUCCUGCCAGAAUGACAUCGACUCUGUCUAAAUUCAUCAUCAAGACCUUGUGCGACAACCAGGGGUGUUUGGAAUUCGGGAAAUUAGAAGAUCAGCUCGCACAGAAAUUCACGGUUGCGGAUUCGGUCCUACGCACUGUGCUCUUUGACGAUGGUAAAAUAGCCAUUAAAGAAAGAAGAAAGACGGGAAGUAAAAUAAUCAGCCCGGAUAGUCUGGUAGUGGCUAAAACCAAUCUGCGGCUCUGUCAGAAAAAAGCUGGAGAGUGUCCGCAGUGCGAUGGCUUACACCUGUGCAAGUAUUUUGUUUGCGGAGAGUGCACGUUCGGAGGGAAGUGUAAGAAUCCACACAGUGUGGCAUUUCCAUACAAUGCAGAGCUUUUGAAGAAGUACAGUCUUCAUGAUUUCACAGAGAAACAGCUGUUCCAGCUGUUACUGCAGAAUGAUCCUUAUCUGCUUCCUGAGAUAUGCUCACAUUACAACAAGGGCAACGGUCAGCACGGCUCAUGUAAAUUCACCACCUCGUGCACAAAGCUCCAUGUCUGCCAGCAUUUUUUCCAGGGUGACUGCAAAUUUGGCUCUUCGUGCAAACGACAGCAUGGCCUCGAUGGACAUGCGAUGAAGCUCUUCCGAGGAUUCAGUCGUGAGAAUAUUGAAAACCUUCACAAGAUCUACAGAAAUAAAUGUAUCAUCAUGGGUCAACAGGAGAGGCAGGGUACUGGUGUCACUGUGCUAACAGAAGUAAGAACCUCAACUAAGCAGCCUCAGCAGUCUUCCCAGCAGUCUUCCCACAGCAAUCCUGGAUCCCCAACCAGUUCCGUUUGUCCAUCUAAGCCACCGAGCAAUGCUGACAUGAAUGAAAUCUGCCUUUAUUUCAUUCGCAGACAUUGCGGGUUCAAAGACAAGUGUGCACGUGUCCAUUGGCACCUGCCCUACAGAUGGCAGGUUUUAGACACUGAUGGUGUAACCUGGAAGGACUUGCCCACUAUGGAGGAAAUUGAAAAGGCAUACUGUGACCCAGCAAAAGAGACGAGCUGCAUGGAUCAACCUUCGUCCGGCUUAGGGCUUUUCAGAUUUCUGUCUCUUCAAAGCUCUUCAUCCCCUGUUGAGAAGUCGGUGGACUUCAGGACCAUGAGAUAUGGAAACUCUCCAGUUCGUCGCCUGUCCACUGCCUCCUCUGUCUCAAAGCCCCCUCACUUCAUUCUCACUACACAGUGGGUCUGGUACUGGAAGGACGAUGGUGGGAAAUGGUUGGAAUAUGGAAAGGGUGAUGAGGAAUCAUCAGUGACUUCUGAAACCCUGGAGAAUGUAUACCUUGAAGACAGAGAUACAGAGAUUCCGUUCAGUGCUGGCAAACAGCAAUAUAUUCUCCAUUUCAAAGAUGCGACAGGAGACCAGGCGAUGUAUCAGCAGAAUAUAAAAUUCAAAACCAAGCGAGAUGUCAGGAGGAGGCCUCGCUUUGUGUCUGCUCAUGACGUGGAGGACAAGCUGAAGAGUACGUCAUCAAAGAGCUCCAGCUCCUCCACAGCUGAAAGCGUACCUUCGCACUGGGACAAAAAUGCCAUACCUGAGUUUGGAUACAAGCUAAUACAUCUCUCCCAAUCUGCACCAGAUUACAAUCUGAUUGAGUCUUUAUUUAGAAGCACAAUGCCGGUGAAAAAAAUUAACAGCAUCCAAAGGAUCCAGAACCCGUCUCUGUGGAGAGUCUUCCAGUGGCAGAAAGAGCAGAUGAAGGGGAGGAACGGAGGAGACCCCUCAAUGAUGUAUUUGUUCCACGGGACUGACGAGUCUCUGAUAGAGGCCAUCUGUGAGCAAAACUUUGACUGGAGGAUGUGUGGGGUCCAUGGCACAGCCUAUGGCAAAGGGAGCUACUUUGCCAAAGAUGCAUCUUACUCUGACAGAUACGCCAGUGUCAAAGCAACUCCAAAGAAGAUUAUGUUUGUUGCCCUGGUCCUAGUAGGGGACUACACCAAGGGGAGAAGCACGUACGUUCGCCCGCCGCUAAAAUCAAACGGAAGAACGUUCUACGAUAGUUGCGUUGACUCUGAGAACAAACCCAGCAUUUACGUUGUCUUUGAAAAGCAGCAGAUUUACCCAGAAUACAUUAUCAACUACUCAUAAGUCGCAGUUUGCCUUUCCUUUUUCAGACUAGUGAAACUCUGUGGAUGGAUGUUCUUUAGUUUCGUGGUGUAUUUGAAAGUUUAGAAUUUUGCAAAUGUAGAAAAAUGAUUAAAAUAAUGGUUAACAAAUGACAAAA